AUGAGCGCCACGGGCAUCAAGAUUGCCCCCAUGAAGAAAGUGUCGACGCUCGGCAAGCGCAAGAAAUCCAUUGACGCCGACGACGUGAAGAAGAUCGACAAGAAGGACGAGUUCGACCCCAACCAGUUCUACGUGUCGCUGACCUCGCACGCCGAGCAGUUCGGCGUCGAGCCUGUGCGCAUCCGGUGGGGACAGAAGGAACCUGAUGUCCGCGGCCCGAUCAUCGGAACGAACCGCCACCACAAGUACCGCAACGCCAUCGGCGCCCACGGCGGCUCGUACUGCAUCUACCGCGGUCUGGCCGUGGCCUCGGGCGCCAUUGCCAAGAACUCGGUGCCCGACCUGAGCCAGACCACGCCGGCCGCCAAGAUCGGCCCCCACCCGUCGUGGUCGGACCCGGAGAAGAUCGUCACCAUCGACCCCUUCGGAGCCUGCGUGGUGGAGGCCUUCCCCGAGCACUUCCAGAAGGGAUACGACGUUCGCCCCACCAUUGCCAUCACCAAGGCCCACAUGGACUUCCCGGAGAUCCACGAGGCGGUGCGUCUUGGUCGACUCAAGCCCGACGGCAAAAUCCUCAAGAACUCGUCGCAGCUUGUCAUCACCAAGGCUGCUAUCGACCCGGUGUGGUACCUCCCUGGAGUGGCCAAGCGCUUCAACACGACCGAGGCCAACCUGCGCCAGCAGAUCUUCCAGGAGACCAACGGCAUGUACCCGGAGCUGGUGACGAGAAACGACCUGAAGGUGUUCCUGCCGCCGAUCGGAGGUCUGACGAUCUACAUCUUCGGAUCCGUUGAGGCCAUCUCGGACCCCACGAAGAAGCUGGCGGUGCGUGUCCACGAUGAAUGCAACGGCUCAGACGUGUUUGGGUCGGAUAUUUGCACGUGCCGCCCGUAUCUCGCCCACGGCAUUGAGGUUUGCGUACAAACGGCCCAGGAGGGAGGAACUGGUAUCAUUGUGUACUUCCGCAAGGAAGGCCGCGCUCUUGGCGAGGUGACCAAGUACUUGGUGUACAACCUGCGCAAGCGCCAAGAGGGGGGUGACAGCGCAGAAGAGUACUUCAACUGCACUCAAACUGUGGCUGGCAUCCAAGAUGUGCGCUUCCAGGCACUGAUGCCGGAUGCUCUGCACUGGCUCGGUAUCACCAAGAUCGACAAAUUCGUGUCGAUGAGCGACAUGAAGUACGACGCGAUCGUGAAGUCGGGUAUUGAAAUCGUGGAGCGCAUUCCUAUCCCGGAGGAGCUGGUGCCGAAGGACGCCCAGGUGGAGAUCACCGCCAAGGUGUUCGCCGGCUACAACGGCGGUGAUGUGUACAAGGUAGACGAGGAGAAGCUCAAGCAGGUCAAGGGCCGCGACGACAACGCGUACGAGAACGAAGAAUGA